AUGACUCCAACCCCAACUAAAUCAUCACAAAUCAAAACUAGAUCUGCAACUGUUAAUAAAAAAGCUUCGUCUCCUGUUAACAUGGAUGAUCUUCAUCACUCUAUCGCUGAGAUUCGCAGUUCUCAGAUUGAUAUGCUUGAACAGUGUAAAGCUAUGAAUUUGUCACAAAACUCAAAACUAGCUGAAUUGUUAUCAAGUAUUGAUUUUCUUAAAUCCCAACUCGUUGAGAUAAGGUCGGAAAAUACUACUCUCCGCAACGAAAUUGCUACCCUCAAUAACAGAAUUCAAGUUUUGGAGAAUUCUACUGAUGGUUCAAGUAACAUGCCCCAGCUGAUCCAAGAAUUGGCUAACCGUGAAAUAUGUGCUCGUAACAUUAUAGUACAUGGUCUCCAAGAGUCUUCGUCCAAUGAUCCUACAGUUCGAAUUGCUUCCGAUAUUAAAUUACUCGGUGAUAAUAUUCAUCCGAUUAACUUAACUUUACCUCAAGAUCUUAAGUUAUUUAGGUUGGGCCGCAAGAUAAGUGGUAAACCUCGACCUCUAAAGGUGGUACUUCAAUCGAAGGAAAUGGCUCUCAACUUGGUGUCUGUUUUCAACUCUCAUAAGCGAACACAAUCGGUCCCUGCUAACUCAAUCUCCAUCUCACGUGAUCGCACCCUCCUUGAGCGCCAAGAAAUUCGUCGUGUCUACACAGAGCUUGAGAACCGUAAGAAAAACGGUGAACACAACAUCUCCAUAAAAUGUGAUAGAAGCACUCAUACUAGCAACCUCUCUCGUGGUGGUGGAGUUCUUAUAGCAGUUAGGAAUAAUCUACGCCCUCAGCUCGUCCCUACCGGUGUACAAAAUGUCGAACAAUUAUUUGUUCGUAUUUCUGUAACAAAUGAACUCUCUGCUCUCAUUAGUGUGGUAUACAUUCCCCCCAAUGCAAACUUGUCACUUUAUGAUACUUAUACGAAAUCUGUGGACCUAACGUGGGAAUCAUCUAAUUGUAAUCUAGGUAUAUUUUGUGGUGAUUUCAACUUACCAGGUACAUCCUGGAGUUCCUCUAACCAGAGUCUCAAGUUUAGUGGCACAGUCAAUGAUAAAUCUUCUCUAAUUGGAGAUCAAUUUAUCAGUAUGGACUUCCUCCAAUUGAAUUCUAUAUACAACAGUUCUGGUUCCCUUCUUGAUUUGAUAUUCGCUAAUAAAGAAAGUAUCUCUGUUGAUGUAGCUCCAGUCAGUCUUGUCCCUUGUGACAGAUAUCAUCCAGCUUUGUCAUUUAAUUAUCAAGUUCCUGUCCCUUUAUUUAUGCUAGAUGAUAGUCACUCGUUUCGUGAUUUUAACAAUGCUGACUUUGACUCUAUUGCUAAAGCCUUAGCCGACAAUGACUGGUCUACUACUUUUAACAUUCAGCCUGCUGACUUAUCUGCCACAAGGUUACAGGAUUCUAUUCUUGACGCCAUUCAACGAUUCGUACCACUUAAACCAUUUCGUAGAUCAACCUUCCCUUCAUGGGUUUCCCCUGUUCUCAAAUCUCUUCUUUUUAAAAAAAAAUCAGCUCAUAAAAAAUUCAAAAAAACAGGCUCGUUUCAUGACUACAACUCGUUCUCCAAUCUACGUUCUCAAUGUAAAGCACUAUCUAAAUCAUGUUUAAGGACUCAUAUCAAUGUUGCUCAGUCUCGACUUACCUCUAGCCCACGUGAUUUUUGGUCCUUCAUAAAAAAGAGUCGUGACUCUUCUUCGAUUCCUAAUCAAGUAUACUUGAAUGAUAUCUCUGCUAAUGGUCCUGAUGUUGCUGAACUUUUUUCUUCUUUCUUUGCCUCUACUUAUAAACAACCUUCAGCUGCCCCUAACUUAGCUCUAAUGAAUAUUGAAAUCCAGCAGUUCUCCUUCUUACCUAACCAUUUAUCUAUUUCCAUUGAGGAAGUAUCUGAUGCUCUCGUGACGUUAUCAAAUGUCCGUGGAGUGGGCCCUGAUGAUAUUCCAGCUUCUUUACUUUUUAAAUGUCGUGAGGUGCUUUGCUCCCCGCUCUGUACUAUUUUCAACAAGUCUCUCACUGAGGGCUCUUUUCCAGCUGUUUGGAAAAUUAGUCGUGUUACACCGAUCCUAAAAUCUGGUGAUCCAACUCUAGUCAUGAAUUAUAGACCGAUAUCUAAUCUUCCCUUUAUUGGCAAACUUUUUGAACUGAUAGUUCUUAAAAAAAUUGAACGCCCUCUUCAUUCUACAUUGUCUACAGACCAACAUGGCUUUUUUCCUGGUCGUUCCACUAUAACCAGUUCACUAGAUUUUUCUUGUUUUAUCCGUGAUGCCUUUAGAGAUAAUUCCCAAGUUGACGCUAUUUUCACCGACUUUUCAAAAGCAUUUGAUUCAGUUGAUCAUAACUCUCUCAUCUACACCUUGGAUAAACUGGGAAUUGGUUUUCCUCUUUUAUCAUGGAUUCGCUCAUACCUAGUGGAUAGAUGGCAAUAUGUUAAGUUGUUCAAUAUCUCAUCAAGUAAAUUUAAAGUUUCUUCUGGCGUUCCGCAAGGUGGACAUUUAUCUCCACUACUAUUUAAUAUUUUUGUUAAUUCAAUAUUUAGCAAUGUCCCGUCGGUCCGUUUACUUCUUUUUGCUGAUGAUGCUAAGCUGUUCUCCAGGAUAUCUUCCAGUACUGAUUGUGACGUCCUUCAAUCAUCAUUCAAUAAUUUUAUUAACUGGUGUCAGGCUAUUGGCCUUACCCUAAACUUUGAUAAGUGUAAAAUCAUAUCAUUCUCCAGAUCACGGAUUCCUGUGGAUUACGUAUAUACUUAUAAUGACUCACCCCUAACUCGAGUAUCUGAAGUAAAGGAUCUAGGUAUAAUAUAUACCUCCUCACUUUCCUUCAGACCUCAUAUUGAUUAUAUCACUUGUAAGGCCUUACGUCUUCUGGGAUUCAUACGCCGCCACACCAAACACUUCAACUCAGCACCUUGCAUCAUAACCCUUUAUUCUGCUCUCAUUCGUUCAAUUCUCGACUAUGGUUCAAUCAUUUGGAAUCCCCAUCUUAAAACGGAAAUAAAACUUAUUGAACGAGUCCAGACUCGAUUCCUAAACUAUGCAGGCUUCUUAUUAAAAAUUGAACACCCCCUACACUCAUACCAACCUGUCAUGGGCGCGCUUAAUCUCCUCUCCCUCGAGGAAAGGCGACUAAUUGCGGAUCGUAACUUCCUUUUAAAAUUAAUCCAGGGUAAAAUUGAUGCUCCGCGUCUCCUUGAGCGUAUUAGCUUUAGAGUUCCUACCGCCAAUACCAGAUCAACCAAUUCCUUUCACAUCCCAACUUCCCGUUCAAACUUUUUAUCUAAUGAUCCUUUUGUUAGAGCUAUGCGCAAUUUAAAUAAUAAUAAUUUUGAUAUAUGGCCUUAA